AUGGGGCAGUCCACGUCGACGGAGCCGCCCCGCGACCUCGCGGGCAAGGUCGCUGUCGUCACGGGCGCGACCUCGGGCAUCGGUCUCGAGACCGCGAAGGCCCUGGCGCACCGCGGCGCCCACGUCAUCCUCGCCUGCCGACGCCCGGAGGCGGCGAGCAGGGUGUGCGACGAGAUCCGAGGCGCCCGCACUGACGUCAAGAUCGAGGUCGGUCCGAAGCUGGACGUGGGCGACCAGGCCUGCGUGCGCGCCUUUGCAAAGGACCUCGCCAAGGCCCACAAGAAGAUAGACAUCCUGGUGAACAACGCGGGGACGAAUGCCGAGAAGGGCGAGGAGUGGUACACGCCGGACGGCGUCGGGGGCCUCGCGCAGAUCAACUACCUCGGCCCGUACACGCUGACGCGGCUGCUGGAGCCCACGCUGCUGGCCAGCGCGCCCUGCCGCGUGGUGAACGUGGCGUCCGUGACGCACCGGUUCGCGUUCAUCAAGAGCGCGGAGGACUUCCUGAUGAAGUUCAAGUACGGCCAGUACGCCCACACGAAGCUCGCCAACGUCCUGUUCGCGUACGAGCUCCAGCGUCGGCUCGGCCCGCGGGGCGUGCAGUCCUGCGCGGUGGACCCCGGGGGAGUUCGGACCAACAUCUGGUCGACGCGGGAGUCCCUCUCGAAGGGCCCGAUCAAGGCGGUCAUCAACGCGUGCUACGCGCCGCCCGCGGACGGCGCCCAGGCGGUCAUCCACGCCGCCACGUGCGACUGGGACGCCGACGCCCCCACCGGACGCCACGCCGUCGCGGGCCCCGAGAACGACCUGCGGUACUACGCGCGUGGGACGUUCGCGUGGCCCGCGACGACGAGCGUGCCUGGCGCCGGCAGCCGGGGCAUCCUGGGGGCGGUGAUGGGGGGUGUGCAGGCGUGGUCGAUCCUCAACAUGAGUCUCGUGGACUGGCCGCUGAGGGCGGCGACGGGCGGCCGGGUGGCGGGGACGACCAAGGCCGUGCGAUCCGCGAAGAUCACGUACGACGAGCGCCUCGCGAAGGAGCUGUGGGACCGGUCGGCGCGCAUCGCUGGCGUGCCGUGA